AUAUCACAGUAGUACGUAAUGCACAACUUCAAACUGUUUUCACUUCUUAUUUCAAGUUAACCGUAUAAGUGUUGACUAUAACCUUGGAUGAACUGAGGUUUUAUUAUGCCCAGAGGUGUUAUGAUACGCACCAUGCAUCAGAUUAAUGAUUUAAAUGACUCAUAUACUGACAGUAAAUAUGACAUUUCCGAUGAACAAUAUUACUAUGGAACCAACAAACGAAAAAGAAAAACUGCUGCCCCACAGAAGCGCGAAAUGUCGGAGGAAGCUUGUGAAGAAGACGUGAAAAGGCUAUUGAAAAGUCCUUCCUUUGGCCCUAUAAAUUUAGUAUCAAAGGAAAGUAAUUCAUUUAAUUCUCCAUUGAACACCACAGAUAAUUCUAUCAGUAUAUCCAGAGAUGAUGCUGUUAACACGUCUUCAGAACAUAUAAGGCUUUAUGCGGCAAUGCUUAACUACUUUCUUAUGAAGUACAGGUCUCCUUUGGACUACAAAUCUGGAUCACUUCCAACAUACCCUCCAACUACCGAAAAUAACCACAGUUUCGAAAAAACGUCUAUCAGUACAUUCCAAAACAGUCUCUCAGAGCUCUUUUGUGCUACACAUACGCAACAAAAUACAAACCCUUUGAGUGUCACUCACAACGAACAGUGUCAAAUUAAUGGUUCACAUAACGAUGAUUCCUAUUAUAACCCUAAGGAUUUUGAUGGUUUAUAUAAGAACAUUAUUUCAAAAUACAGUGCAUAUAUGGACUGGAGGCAAUCUAUAAUGAAUUCAAUUAGCACAUGUAUAACCAAUAUACCAGUUCCAAAAUCCGGAUUUCCAAAUUAUGAAGCCAUGUCGGCUUGUUACAAAUCCCUAUUAGACAGAGCUUAUGCUUUGCAGCAGUCUGUGGAAUUAUACUUUCGAAUGAUCCAAAAUUGUCUUUCAUAUGAUCAGCUUCAUGGUUCAAACUUUAAUGGUGUUGGCAUUAAUUCUCCAGUACGUAACGCCGUUUGGAGUGGACAGACAAGCAGCAUGAACAACUUAUCUACUCAGUCAUCAUACCCUCCAAGUUCGUAUUCCACUGUGAAUUUAUCGGCUGUUCUUACUGAUAUUCUUCAGUCGACUAACUCAGCAUUAAAUUCUCAAGAUUUUUCAUCUGAAUAUAAGCAGCCUACUGGAACUGUGUUCGAUCAUUGCAACCAGUCAUCAGGUACAUAUAUACCUGUAUGUCAGACACAAAAUAUCCUACAAUCCCCGGUGGAUUUAACCAACUCCGAUAGAUAUAAAACAGUGACUACGUGUCUUUCUGCUAUGAUGCAGGAAAAUGAGACAAAAACCCAAAACUCGGAUAAAUCAAAUAAAGAGAACUCAUAUGAUUAUCCAUGCAAUAACGAGUCAGAUGGCUGUGAUGUUCCACGGAAAUCUGAGCGUAACUGGAUUCAAAGUUUAGAUAGAGAUGCUGAAUUUACAUCUUCAAAUUCUAGCAGCCAUGAAGCAAUUCCUGACGUUGACCCAAGAAAUGGUUUCAUCAACCAAACUUUAAAACACAGUACAAGUAACAUGUUAUGUGACUCAUUAAUUACCUGCUCUCCAAGAUCAAAUAUGAACAUAAAGAAGAAGAGCUAUUUUAAGUCUAAACGUGUUAAAAAGCCAUUCAUUUCCACUUCACAGCCGAAUAUUAAUAAUAUCUCCGCUGAGAGUUCUCCAAAGAAGUCUAAUUUUAGAGGGACAAGUGAAGAGGAAAACAAAGUGGCCCCAAACUUCAAACCGAUAGAAGUCAAUAGUCAAAUACUUUUAUCUGAAGCUCAUCCAAAUGUUAAACUAUCCAAAGAUAUAUUCUAUAGUUUAAUAGUUAAAUCAUCUGGCAGCGCUACACGACUUAUUCGACUACUAAUGAAAAGUUUUUUUACACAAGACGAAUUAGCUGCCUCAUCUUUAUCUGGUGAAGGCAUAUAUAAACAACGUUUGGAGCCAAGUGUUACAGAAGCGAUAAAAAUUUUCAUACGUCAACGACAUCCACAACUUAAAACUGGAUCAAUCAAUCUGUGUAUGACAGAUGUAUGCGUACAAGCUAGACGAGUUGCUAAUAACCAAAGAAGUCGACAACAUCCCUUAAGAAUUUCACCUUGUCGACAAGAUGAAUCUAUCAAAUCACAAGGGAAUAAUAGUAGUAAUGCCAAUAAUAUCAAUAAUCAAAAUGAAUGUGACAACAGUCUAAUAGGUGUUAAAAGUCGAUUGCAUAAUUCUAAUCGUUUUAAUUCCACUACAAAACUAUCAAAACAUAACCACCAUCCACAUCCACAUCAUUGUCACAGUGAUGAUCUGCUGACACCAACACCAACCGCAGAACCAACAACAACAACGACAACAGCGCAGCCAUCACCUCUACCUUUAACAAAUGAAUACGAUACAAAUUACUCGAUUGAAAUACCAAAAACUGAAAUCAAUGAUUUGCGUUUAUCAGAAUCAUCAGAAAUUGAUGAUGAAGCAAUUCUACACGUGGUCGAUGAAGGUCAAGAUGUUGUUUCCGAUGAAAUUGAUACACCAGCGUCUUGUUCUGUUCAUUCUUUCGUGUCGUCAGAACAAAAAUAAUCAGAGAUAAAAAAGAUGAUUUGAAUCCAUACACUACACUCCUCACUCACUCACUCACUCACUCCCUUACUCAUUCACUUCCGCACACACACACACACACACACACACAGAAUUACAGGCUGUGAGAAAUUCUUGUCAAUAAAUACACGUCAGUAAAGAAUAUCAAAUUGGAAUGCAUAGAAUAAAUAUUUGUGAAUAGUUUACAUUUGGUAAGACAAAAGACGUCAUUUCUCGUUUUUUUUCUAGACAAUCAAGUAGUAUAUAAAAGCAAAACGAAAAAUUCUGGCAGCAGCACCACCAGAAAAACUUUAUACUACUGAAUUAAAAAAAAACAAACAAACUAUGUGAUUACAUCGAAUUUCUACUCUUUUUUCUCUCUCUUUUUUUUAAAAAUUCUCUCUUCAAAAUGACAAUUGUGUGAAGCUUUUUUGUGAUAAUAGUCAUUAGGUUUCAUUAGUUAGUUAGUUAGUUAAGUCUACAGGGUAUUUUAUAUAAUAUGUGUAUAUCUCUUGUUCCCGUCCCAUCCCCUCCCAUUCCGUCCGUAUGUCCCGUCCCAUCCCAUCCUUUUCACCUCCCGCCAUCCACCAACACAAAGUUCUGUUCCCUGCCACUUUUAUUGUUAUUGUUAUUCAUUCUAUUAUAAGAUUUCUAUCUUAUCGAUUAUUGUAUUUGGUUUCGUUUUCACUUCGAUUUUAUUUGGUGAGUCGAGUGUCGCUGUUGUACCUUUUUGUUUGGCGGUUUCAUCUUCCCUGUUGUUAACAGAUAUCAGGUUCCAUGCUUAAUUGGGAAUUCUUUUCUUCUUAUCAUUUUGAAGGUGUUAUUCAUGGUACAGUUAUGAAAAAAACAACUUGUAUCCACUAUUAACUCCUUCCUUUUUUGGUAUAAAGAGAUAUUCAAAGAUAGAGAUAUCCUUGGUAACUUUAUAUCAACAGCAACAACAGGAAAAAGGGAAGUGCUUCCUGAGAAGUGAUUUGUUUAAGUGUACACACAAGAUGCCCAUAUAUGUACACACACAGAGAGAGAAACACACACAAUUCUCAUUCAAUUUUAUGAUUUCCGUGAUAAAUUUAUUACCCAGCCUUCCCCUCCCUCAGUUGGCCCCUCCCCUUUCACCUUGAAAGUCUACUUCAAUCAAGUCUAACAAAAAAAAUAAUGACAAUAAUCACUGGUUAUCCAGAAUAAGGUAAAUAAGUGCGGUGUUUCUGAUAUGCAGAUCAACAGGGGGUUGAAAUAUGGUGUAUAAACUAGUCCACAUAUAUACAUAUAUGUACAUUUAUAUUCUUAUGUUUACCAUUUCGAUUCGUUAUUCCUAAUCUAAAGUGAAUACGGAUUCGGCUGUUUAACUUCUCUCUGUUUCCCAGUCUCUCUCUGUCGCUUCCACUGAUCUUAUAUUAUAUAUAUCUAAUAUUUAAUCGAUGGGUUUUAUUUGAUGCAUUCAUCAUAACGCCAUGAAUGUAGUUGACCCUCUCUUCUUCUUUUUCCUCUUCCUUCAGUGAACGCCUUCUGUGAUGGUUACUUUGUGUCUACCACCAUCUUAGUCAGUCAUUAAAAUUUUAUGAGUGAAACGAUAAUAUUCAUAAUACGUGUCAUAAUAAUAAUAAUAACAAUACUACUCAUAACAACAGUAAUGAAAGUUUCAGUAUGCUUUUAAUUUCUGAUCAGUUUUCAUUCUUAUAUAUUCCUUCUUCUCCUGUCUUCUCCUAUCCUAACAGAUCCUUUUUCGAUCAUGCUCUCUUUUUGGUUUGUAUACUUUAGUAUCGUGAUAUCUAUAUAAAUAUGUAUAUGCAUAUAAAUAUAUGGAACUCAAAUCCUUCCUUCAAAAGAUGAAUUCUUUCCUGCAUCGAUUUCUACUUCUAAUCUUCUACAAAAACUUUUUAUAGACAACAAAAGAUCAUUUCAGCAUGUAUUCCAUGAACAGUUGUCUUUUCCUUCGUGUGUGUGUGUGUGUGUGUGCG